AUGCAUCUUGUUUCUUACUUGUCUGUCGCGUUGACGGCCGUUGGCCUGGCUGUGGCCGCGCCGCAGCCGGGUGUCAUGAAGCGCUCCCCAGAGCCUACCUUUGAAAAUGGCAAAUACCUGGUCGAUCGUGCCACCUCCUUCUCCAAGAAGGCAACUUACACCUUCACUGGAAGCAGUCUGCCCCAAGGAUUGUCCGCAAGCAACUACAAGGCCGGUAGCACCCACAGAUUUACCCCGUCCAACAUCAAAGUCCGCAAUGGCUACCUUGAGCUUCUGGUCAACGGAGGCCAGACCGCAAUGCCGUACAAGAGCGGCGAGGUUGUUACCGAUAUCGAGAACAUCAAGUAUGCUAGUGUUAGAACUGUCGCUAUUUUGUCCGAACCCGCUGGCGUUUGCAAUGGCAUGUUCUUCUACAAGUCUGACACACAGGAGACGGAUAUCGAAUGGCUUUCCGAUAAGAAUUCGGAGUCUAAUGCCGGCACGCGCAGGCUCUGGUUUACGAACCAGGAUGCAAACGGUGACGGCAAAAGCACAUACAAGGCGGUCACUCCGCCCUCGAACCCGACUACCACUGAGCAUGAGUACCGUAUCGACUGGACGGCCGGUUUGGUUAAGUUUUACGUCGAUGGCGUCAAGCAAUGGGAAACAACCAAGGACGUCCCCAGUCAGUCUGGUCCUUGGAUCUGGAACAACUGGUCUAAUGGCGACAAGGGCUGGAGCGCUGGACCUCCGAAAAAGGACGCUGUCUUCAAGAUCAAAAAGAUCGAGAUGUACUACAACACUGCUUAA